UUUGCCCCACAAACGCGGGGAAGGGCGUGCUGCAACGGAAGCUCCGAAGCUACCGGCCGUUUCGUCUCACUUUGGCCCGCUUUGUGUCUCCGAUAAGGUAUUUUGGCGCACCCAAGCGUCAUGAACACAUCACAUAUGCGCUAGAAUUCAACGGCAGCUAGUGAGCAUUGAACGACGGCUUGGUUCUUAUGAUACUUUCUUAUACACUUCCCUCCCUCCAUCUACACCACUUCUUGAAUAUUCAGCACCGAAACCCCCUGAUUCUGGAACAACCAAGCAACAAGUGUCUACCCUCGGUCGACUUUUGACUUCUCUCUGGCUCGUAAGCCGCUGGCCGAUACCAGGGCCACAUUUCAUACCGGCAGAAACCGACGCCCAAGUGCCCGUUGAAAGAGUUGGUCAACAAUACCGAAGGUGCUGCAAUCGGCUGUGCCGGCCUGACGGCAACCAUGUCUCCACAAAGUCUUGCUAGAAGUAGCGACCUCGAUGACGAGGAUUCGGUAUACCAUACCGCUGUCGAGGGCGAUCUCGCUGAGGAUGAGGACGAGUCAUGGGUACCAGAGACCAGUGGUGAUGACGACGAUGACGACGAUGACGACGACGACGAUGAAGCAAACGACAGAGAAGAUGAGGAGGAGGACGAGGAGCCGGAUCAGGGUGACGACGACGACGACGACGAUGAAGAGGGAGACCAGGCAUUUGUGGUGCAAAUCGGAGGACGAACACUCCCCCUGACGAUACGCCAGCUGCAGUCACUGAUCGCCAUGAACCACGUCGUCCAUACCGCGGAGCUGGACGGCCUUAUCGGGCGCCUGCGUAGGAGGCAGCGGACCCCGCCGGACCCCAACCGCUUCCCGAAAGUGCCCAACGACAAUGGUAUCGAGCUCAUGAACUCUGGCGUCUUCGGCUCCACGGGCCUGGCCGUCUCCCCGAACGUGCCGGCCCCCAAGGGCCUGGCUCGCCGCAUCCUCGAUCGCGAGCUGGGCCUUGGCGACUACCGGGACCGGCGCCUGAACCAGGACCUGAUGGCCCAGAGCAUGAUCCCGUCGACCGAGGCCGACAUGGUCAUCCGCUACCAGUCCCCCGUCUACUCGGGCCAGUUCUCCGACGACGGCAACUUCUUCUUCGCCGUGGGCAAGGACUUUCGGGUGCGCAUGUACGACACCUCGAACCCCUACGACUGGCGCUACUACAAGACGGCCAUAUUCCCCUUUGGCCAGUGGACGCUCUCGGACGCCUCGCUGAGCCCGGACAACCGCUGGCUGGCCAUCACGUCGCUGCUGCCCCACGUCUGCCUGGCGCCGACGGACCCCAACGACACGGGCGACCCCUACGUGCUCGACCUGUCCGAGACCGGAGGCACGGGGCGGCAGGCGGGGCCGUUCCAUCGCACCCACGGGCACCACUUUGGCAUCUUCUCGGUCCGCUACUCGGGCGACGGGCGCGAGCUGGUGGCGGGGACCAACGACAAGUCCAUCAUCGUCUACGACAUCGAGUCCCGGCGGGUGCUGCACCGCGUCGAGGGCCACGACGACGACGUCAACGCCGUCUGCUUCGCCGACAAGUCGUCGCCGCACAUACUCUACUCCGGGUCCGACGACUGCACCAUCAAGGUCUGGGACCGGCGCAGCAUGGGCGACGGGCGGGCCGCGGGCGCCUUCGUCGGCCACGUCAACGGCCUGACGUACGUCGACAGCAAGGGGGACGGCCGCUACAUCCUGUCCAACGGCAAGGACCACUGCGUCAAGCUCUGGGACCUGCGCGCCGUCAUGAGCUCGGCCGACCUCGACCGCCUCGACCCGACGCAGCACACGCGCCACCGCGCGAUCGACUACCGCUGGGAGUCCUUCUCGGAGGAGGACUGGUUCCGCCACCCAAAUGACAACUCGGUCGUCACCUUCCGCGGCCACAGGGUCUCGCGCACCCUGAUCCGCUGCCACUUCUCGCCCCCGGGGAGCACGAACUCGCGCUACGUCUACUCGGGGAGCUACGACGGCAAGGUCUACGUCUGGAACCUCGACGCCACCCUCGCCGCCACCAUCGACGUGGCCGCCGAGAGCAAACGUCUCUUCCAGAGGCCCAACCACCGGCACCACCGCCACAUGUCGCCCUUUGUCAGGGAGGCCUUUUGGCACCCGAACGCGCCGGUCAUGGUUGCCUCUGUCUGGGCCGCCGACGACACCGGCUUCUGUAGCGUCCACUCGUGGAACGAGGCCCCUGAUGACGAGGACGACCCGAAGAUGGGAAGGAUUGUCAACGACAAGCUGGUUGCGACGCCGCUGUCCGGCGGCGGCGGCGGCGGCGAGGAGGAUUCCGACGACGAGUCAGAUUAUGAAACUUUCAGUUGGUGAUGCGGGCGAGCAUGUGGAGGAUAUUGUGGCUUCAAGGAGUUCCCGGCGUUUUCGUAGUUCGGCGCGACAGUGAGCGGGCAUGG